AUGGCAAAAUGGACCUAUUUUGCUUCACUGGAGCUGCUGUCCACACAGGGCAAAUUCAUCCCUAAUUAUAAGUGUGAUAUCCAGGAGAAGAUAGUAUCUGUUAUUGCAGGACCUAAUGCAAACAUCUGUCCAUUUAUGCCAAAUGUUCUGAAUAUAUACAAGAUGCCGCAACUCAUAUAUGGAUCAGCUCCAAUGAUAGACAACAGGGAACACACAGUUUUCUUUCACCGGUUUUUCCCAAAUGAGGACCUGCAGACCAAGGGGAUUCUCCAGCUGCUGUUGCAUUUAAAGUGGAUAUGGGUAGGGUUGAUUUCCCAACGUGAUGAGAGCGGACAGAGGUUUGUACGGAAUGCCCUUACACUGUUUGCCCAGAAAGGUAUUUGCUUUGACUUCAUGCAAGAGUUGCCCAAAGAAACUUUUUCUAAUGACCUUGACAUUGUAUUUCAAGAUUUUAUCGCCUUGUACAAGGUUGUCAUGAACAGCACUGCCAAUGUUGUGAUCCUCUACUGUGAAAACCAGGUCCUUGCUGUUUUCAGAAUAUUCCCCUAUCUUUCAGAAUAUGAGUAUAUACCGGUAAGGAGAAAAGACAAAGUUUGGAUCAUGCCAGCUCAAAUGGAGUUCACAUCAGUCCCUUUUCAAAAAAUUCGGCCUUUGGACUUUAUCCAUGGUGCCAUAUCUUUUGCAGUUUCUUCCAAGGAGAUGACUGAGUUCAAAGCAUUCUUGCAGAUGAGAAGCCCUACUUCAGAAGAAGAAGACCAUAUAACAAGAUUGUUCUGGGAACAGGCAUUUGAAUGUUCUUUCUUGAAAGAUAAAAUAGGCAAGGGCGCUGGAGUGCUGUGUACUGGAGAAGAGAAGCUGGAGACUCUUCCUAAUUCUAUGUUUGAGACCACCAUGACUGGGCAGAGUUACAGUAUCUACAAUGCAAUCUAUGCUGUGGCACAUGCUUUGAAAGCCAUGCUUUUAUCCAAAUACAAACACAGCGCAAGGGUGGACCAUGGAAGCCUGAUAAUUCUCAAGGAAGAAACAUGGCAGACACUACCACUUUCUAUAUGCAAUGAAAAUUGUUACCCAGGCUACCUCAAGAAAAAAAUAGAUGAGAAGCCAUUUUGCUGCUAUGAUUGUCUUCCUUGUGCAGAGGGGAAAUUUUCAAACAGAUUAGAUGCAGAUGACUGUUUCCAAUGUCCAGAAAAUCAAUACCCAAAUGAAGCUCACAAUCAUUGCAUUGAAAAACAGAUAACUUUCUUGUCUUACGAAGAACCUUUAGGAAUCACUUUGACCACUGUAGCUGUCUUGUUUUUUGGAACUUCGACUUUGGUGCUGAGGAUCUUCAUUAAACAGUGGGAAACCCCCAUAGUCAAAGCCAACAACAGGAACCUCACCUACAUUCUUCUCAUUGCUCUCCAGCUAUCUUUCCUCUGCACUUUUCUUUUCAUUGGACAGCCUGAUCCAGUGAAAUGUCUCCUGCGACAAACUGCUUUUGGCAUUAUCUUCUCUGUAGCCAUUUCUUGCAUUUUGGGUAAAACAACCAUAGUGGUUCUUGCUUUCAUGGCCACCAAACCAGGAUCCCAAAUAAAGAAAUGGGUGGGGAAAAGACUAGCCAACUCCAUUGUCCUUUCUUGCUCCCUGGUACAAGUCACAAUUUGUGUUGUGUGGUUGGCAAUUUGUCCCCCAUUUCCAGAUUCUAAUAUUCACUCAAUGGCUGAAGAAAUUCUACUAGAAUGUAAUGAAGGCUCAGCCAUCAUGUUUUACACUGUCCUUGGCUUUAUGGGGUUCUUGACUGGUAUCAGUUUCACAGUAGCCUUCCUAGCUAGAAAGUUACCUGACAGCUUCAAUGAAGCCAAAUUCAUCACCUUCAGCAUGUUGGUCUUUUGCAGUGUCUGGGUAACAUUUGUUCCCACCUAUCUGAGCACCAAGGGGAAGUACAUGGUGGUGGUGGAGAUCUUCUCUAUUUUGGCUUCAGCAAUGGGAUUGCUUGGCUGUAUCUUUUUCCCAAAAUGCUAUAUUAUUCUUCUGAGACCUGAUUUAAAUAGAAAGGACAAACUUAUUAAGAAAACCUAAAUUAUGUUUCGGAAUCUUAUAAACUCUCCGCACUGUUAGGUUUACUUUUUCUGAUAGACUUCACAGUCUGGGGAAAACGAGACAGAU